AUGUACCAGCUGUGCUCGAUCGAUCCGGAAUCAUGCAGCGUUCUUCAUUUGGAGAUCAACCAAGAAGUCGACGAUCGAUCAACGUCACCGCACGGCGUUCAGCAGAAAAUGUGCAGAGAUCUCCUAUCAGCUUUUUCUACCUACGGAAUACUGGUGGCGCCUCAGCGGUGCCUCAAGGAAAUCAUGAUAGUGGGACGAAGCGAUUGCUUCUCAAAUGAGACCGUCGAUUUUCAAGGUUGGCUAACUAAGGAGUUCUUGACGAUCAAAGCGAGCAAUCAGGCCGACUGCCUCUCAGUCGAGGAGUGCGUGCGGUUUUCGAUAUUCGUAUGGCUCGAGUCGCAUCAGUACUAUCGAUGCGGCAGUGACUUGAUCAAGGGGCCAUUCCUUGGAGAAACCUCUUCAAAUCUGACAAGGAUCCUGUUCACUGUUCACUGUACAUCUAUUGGAGAAGUCUUUCUUCGUAUUUCACCAGAAACGGUCCGUCUUUACCCAUUGACAGUUGGGCUAGUUGGGAAUCGCUCCGAGCAACAUCGUUGGGUUUUCUGCUUACCUAAGCUUAGUCGAGGGCAAGUGGUAAGACGGUAUCGUCAGCUCCCCAGCGAUUCCGCAUUUGCCAACUAUUUAGAAAUGCGAGCGUACUGGAAGAAUUGCCAUGGAUACGAUUUGCCUUUGGAGGAGCCAGAAACCUACUGUGACGUGUUAUUCAAGGGACUUCGCAGUCCAUUUCUAUAUCCAGAUUUUUGUGUACUAUCGUCAGAGCCAGAGGUCCUUCAUUUCCGUGAGGAGUACGCUACGACCGUCGCUGCAAUAAAUGAAGUUUUGCAAGCGUUUGCUUCUAAGAAGCAUCACAUCUGCAUGGAGGAAGUAAAACGUGGCUGCUUUUGUCUUUAUACAGUCUUCUGCUUUAUAUACAGUGUGAAUCUAAGCCACAUACCAUGGGGAGGAGUUAUGGUAGGAGAAAACGUAUUUACGAUGAAUAUUGUUCCAGACGAUGUUAUGAAUCAAACGAGAGGAAUUGGUUUUCCAAGGAAAGCUGUCAAGUUUAAGACAGAGCAACCAUUUGCAACAGCCUCUCUACAACAGGGCAAUGUGAGAAGUAGCCUUCGGCUUUUUAUUCUGUAA